GAAUGUGGAGACUGGAGAGCGCUUGCUUUCUCUGUUGAACGACUAAGACUGACCAAUCGGUAUCUGUAUUCCUAAUUAGCAAGCACAGACUGUCCAAUGAGGGACGUUCUGGGUGGGUUCUCCACACACACCUUCUCGGGGCCACUCUGGUACAGAAUCGCGAAGGAGGGCGCGUUACAGAAUGACAUACAGGUUUUCUUGAUGCACACAACGCCAGAGACAAUUAGAAAAAAAGAACGAGAGGGACUUUUCGACGAACGACUAGUCCGUCUUCACGCUUUGUGUCCAAGAAGGAUUCAAUCUCUCCAUUUGAAGAGUCAUGUCGCUUAUUGAAGAAUACGAGGAAGGGGAGUAUGGGAGGGCGCCAAAGCGACUGAAGACCACUGAGGUGGAGGAGGGCGAGGAGCUGGAGGAGGGAGAGGAUUCGGACUCGGAGUCUGCAGGGCUGCUCGGAGAUGUGGAGAAUGUAGGAGCCGAUAAAAGGCCCCGGUGGACCGCAACGAAAUACGGACCUGAAAGACGGGACAGUGGGGAUGACUCCCAUAGAAUUGCCCAGUCCCCAGUGGUCCAUGUCAGGGGGCUGUGUGAGGCCGUGGUGGAGGCUGACCUGGUGGAGGCCCUGGAAAAGUUUGGCCCUAUAUGCUAUGUGAUGAUGAUGCCCUUUAAGCGGCAGGCGCUGGUGGAGUUUGAGAUGGUGGAGAGUGCUGAUAAGUGUGUGGCGUGUGGGAGUAGCGAGGCCGUCUACAUCGCAGGCCAGCAGGCCUUCUUCAACUACUCCACUAGCAAGAGGAUUACCCGGCCCACCAACUCAGACAACCCCAACAGUGGCAACAAAGUCCUGCUCCUUUCGAUCCAGAAUCCCCUCUACCCCAUCACCACGGAUGUUCUCUACACAGUGUGCAACCCCAUAGGCAGUGUGAUGCGCAUCGUCAUCUUCAAACGCAACGGCAUCCAGGCCAUGGUGGAAUUUGAGUCCAUCGAGUGCGCUCAGAAAGCUAAGGCUGCUCUCAAUGGAGCUGACAUCUAUGCUGGCUGCUGCACCUUAAAAAUCGAAUAUGCAAGGCCAACUCGCUUGAAUGUGAUCAGAAAUGACAACGAGAGCUGGGACUACACAAAGCCUUACCUGGUCCGAAGAGAUGUUUCAGAGCGUGGGAAGGGCAGGCAGAGACAGGCCAUACUAGGGGAGCACCCGUCCUCUUACGGAGACAACGGAUACGGGUCACACUGCCCCCUGCUGCCUCUCCCAGGGAACAGCAGGUACAAGCUGAGCUCCCACGACAUCCCAGAGGUGGUGGCCUACCCCCUGCCCCAGAGUUCCUCCUACAACCACGGCUCCAGCUCUGUCGCCAUGGUGAGCGGCCUGCACCCCGCCAAGAUGAACUGCACCCGCAUCUUCAACCUCUUCUGUCUCUAUGGCAACAUUGAAAAGGUGAAGUUCAUGAAGAGUGUCCCGGGCACUGCCCUAGUAGAGAUGGGGGAUGAGUAUGCAGUGGACAGGGCCAUCACUCACCUCAACAGCAUCAAGGUGUUUGGCAAGAGGCUCAACGUCUGUGUGUCCAAGCAGCAUGCGGUCAUUCCCAGUCAGGUGUUUGAGCUGGAGGACGGCAGCAGCAGCUAUAAGGACUUUGCCAUGACCAGGAACAACCGCUUCACCAGCCAAGGCCAGGCCUCCAAGAACAUCAUCCAGCCACCCUCCUGUGUGUUGCACUACUACAACGUCCCCCCCUGCAUCUCAGAGGACCAGCUACUGAGGUUAUGCUCAGAGCAUGAUGUGCCAGGUUUCACCAAGUUCAAGAUGUUUGAUGCAAAGCCCUCCUCCAAAACCAUUUCUGGCUUGUUAGAGUUUGACUCCAAGACACACGCUGUCGAGGUCUUGACCGUCCUAAACCACUACCAGAUCAGAAUACCAAAUGGCUCUAACCCCUACACCCUGAAGCUGUGCUUCUCCACGUCCUCUCACCUCUAAAGACCAGUGCACCAGCAGGAGAGGGAGAGAUGGAGAUGGAGAGAAGGAGAAGCGAUGGUACUGGGAGGGACAGACUACUAAACUGACAAGACACUGAUAAAGAGGGCCCUCAUCCAGACUGACUGGCUCCUCUUGAAGUGGAGAAUACUACUGAAACACAGACGUGUGAAACACUGGAGAUUGCUGAAGAGGUUUUUUAUCUUGCACCUCUUAUUUUGGGGUAUUUUUUGUCCUCUUUGUUUUUUGUUUUCUCUGUAUAGAGAGAGCCAAUCAGAACUAAGAACUGAGAGAUGACACCCUGUCUCUUCCCGGCAUCCAUUGGGGCUGAGCAUGGUACCUUAACAGGUGACCCCUGAAAAGACUUGUUGUGGACAGAAUAAGAUGACUUGUUCAUUUUUGCGUUGUGUUUGAAGACUGGAUAGAGGACAUCUAUUAUGCCCAUGCUGGUGAAGACUAUCCAAGAUGGUCGCCAUAUUUAUGGGUUGACAGCGCUGCUUUUAUGCUCGCACAUUCUGUUGAGCAGCAAAAACUCAGUCGGUACUUCAGUGGAACAAUGUGUCAAUAUGAAUUUUAAAUCACACUGUAAUGUGAUAAUAUGUAAAGGUGUAUAGAAUUGAAAUGGAAGUUCUGUUAUGGAGGGGUGGGACGGGGGGGAAGGGGGAAUAUCAAUCUUAUUUGAAGACAUUGUGUCAGCAGGUGUUUUGCUUUGGAGUGGACUGUUUAAUGACGCCUUUGUAUGAUGUUUACACAUGAAGAGCCCAUGGUCUGUGUCGUAUGUCAGUGUUUUGGGGCACUCUGUUUGAGUGUUAGUACUGUGUUAGUAUCAUGGCUCGCCUGCACUGGUUCAGUGUCAGUAGUUUAGCACAUUCGGAUUGUUUUAGUGUUUAAUGGCACGCCGAUAUGUCUUAUGUUCACAAAUGGCUGUAUCCAGAAUCAUUGUACAUCAUCCCUAGCUCUUUUCCUGAUUAUUUAGCAAAUAUAGCAACAAUGUUAUAGAGAUGAUGUUUUAUUUUUAAAACCCUCAAAUACCUAAGGUUAUUUGGGAACAGCCCUGCCAAAGAGGGUAACAAAUAAUAUGAUUGUACAGAUGCUUUGUACAAGAAUUGUGGAAUUCCAUUUUACUUGCAAAAUAAGGAAAUGACACGUUAACACCAUAUUCCAUGGGUCGACUGUAUAUUGUACUGUAUAACGUGAGCAAAUACAUAGGUGUUAUUCAAACCUUUCUGCAAGUAGCAGAUUGUAGUUUUUGCCACUACAGUGAAGGGUUGUCCAGCCAUCAGGAUCUGGGUUUGGUUGGAUCUGGAUGCAUGCUGUGAGCGUGACACUCAUUAAACAUUCAGCAGUCUUCAGAUCCUCUUACAUCUUUAUGAUUCGAUAAUUGUUCCACGUCGUGAGUUACAUUUCAAAAGGCUUGAGUUACCAUGAACAGCAGUCUUGUGCUUCAUUUAAUGGUAUCAUCAAACGUAAGGAGGGUCUUAAAUUCUCACUACACGCAUGUUCAGAUAGGUAGUACCCAUGAUGUCCAUGUCUGACUGGUCAUUAAAUGGCGUUGUGUCUGUGUCUUUGUGGUGGAUUUUGUGUUUGAGUUUGGUAAUCUGUGCCAGUGAUAGUCAUUGAAGUGACACCAGAAUAAAAUCUUCAUGAACACUA